AUGCAGUCAUGCAAUGAUCCAGUCCCAAAUCAGAUUGUCGAGCGUAACCCCGAGCCAGAAGAAUCGCGGUCAACAAGGACACUGAAUCGGGCCAAGAAGCAUCAGGUCGCAUGGAACAAGCAGCGGUCUAUGCGGGAUCGACCCAGUGGCGCUCAAGGAACGAAAACGAGUUUAGCCUUCAGCUGCAGUCUUGCAGGUGACUGA